AUGGCUGGUACAAAGGGCAGAGGACAGAGGACAGCCGUGGUGGUGGACAAAGGGCAGAGGACAGCCGUGGUGGUGGACAAAGGGCAGAGGACAGCCGUGGUGGUGGACAAAGGGCAGAGGACAGCCGUGGUGGUGGACAAAGGGCAGAGGACAGCCGUGGUGGUGGACAAAGGACAGAGGACAGCCGUGGUGGUGGACAAAGGGCAGAGGACAGCCGUGGUGGUGGACAAAGGACAGAGGACAGCCGUGGUGGUGGACAAAGGGCAGAGGACAGCCGUGGUGGUGGACAAAGGGCAGAGGACAGCCGUGGUGGUGGACAAAGGGCAGAGGACAGCCGUGGUGGUGGACAAAGGGCAGAGGACAGCCGUGGUGGUGGACAAAGGGCAGAGGACAGCCGUGGUGGUGGACAAAGGGCAGAGGACAGCCGUGGUGAUGGACAAAGGGCAGAGGACAGCCGUGGUGGUGGACAAAGGGCAGAGGACAGCCGUGGUGGUGGACAAAGGGCAGAGGACAGCCGUGGUGGUGGACAAAGGGCAGAGGACAGCCGUGGUGGUGGACAAAGGGCAGAGGACAGCCGUGGUGGUGGACAAAGGGCAGAGGACAGCUGUGGUGGUGGACAAAGGGCAGAGGACAGCCGUGGUGGUGGACAAAGGGCAGAGGACAGCCGUGGUGGUGGACAAAGGGCAGAGGACAGCCGUGGUGGUGGACAAAGGGCAGAGGACAGCCGUGGUGGUGGACAAAGGGCAGAGGACAGCCGUGGUGGUGGACAAAGGGCAGAGGACAGCCGUGGUGGUGGACAAAGGGCAGAGGACAGCCGUGGUGGUGGACAAAGGGCAGAGGACAGCCGUGGUGGUGGACAAAGGGCAGAGGACAGCCGUGGUGGUGGACAAAGGGCAGAGGACAGCCGUGGUGGUGGACAAAGGGCAGAGGACAGCCGUGGUGGUGGACAAAGGACAGAGGACAGCCGUGGUGGUGGACAAAGGGCAGAGGACAGCCGUGGUGGUGGACAAAGGGCAGAGGACAGCUGUGGUGGUGGACAAAGGGCAGAGGACAGCCGUGGUGGUGGACAAAGGGCAGAGGACAGCCGUGGUGGUGGACAAAGGGCAGAGGACAGCCGUGGUGGUGGACAAAGGGCAGAGGACAGCCGUGGUGGUGGACAAAGGGCAGAGGACAGCCGUGGUGGUGGACAAAGGGCAGAGGACAGCCGUGGUGGUGGACAAAGGACAGAGGACAGCCGUGGUGGUAGACAAAGGGCAGAGGACAGCCGUGGUGGUAGACAAAGGACAGAGGACAGCCGUGGUGGUGGACAAAGGACAGAGGACAGCCGUGGUGGUGGACAAAGGACAGAGGACAGCCGUGGUGGUGGACAAAGGACAGAGGACAGCCGUGAACUUGGCGUUGGAGCCUUGGCUGCCGUGUCCCUCCCUCUCUUCCUCUGCCCCGGUUGGUAAGCAGCCGGCCACCUUCUCCACCGCUCACUCCAUCAGCACCAGCCCAGAGCAGACCACGGCCUGUCACUCACAAAUCCUCAUUUAUAACUCAGCAAACAACCAUCACCGUUUCAGAUUCCGCCUCAGAGAGAAGCCACGAAAAGCAGCCACGCUCUGGAGGAGACCAUUCAAGCAUCAGCAGCCACUGACCUUCACCCGUCGCUACACCGGGUCUGCCUGCGAUGCUGUGUGUGGCCACCAGAGGGCGCUGUUUAGCAUCUGCCGCGGCAUCAACAGGCCAAUGCUUUGA